CUGAAAUACCUACGAUAUCAUUCGCAUGUAUGCAUAUCUUGGGAUCCCUAGUAAAUAAACAUAGUAAAGAAUUCCCUAGACUCAGUACAUUUAACUUGAGGUUUCUGAAUUCUGAUCCCUAGCUAUAAAAUGGCACCAAGUGUCGUGUCAGUGUUGAAACUACACUUUGCCAACCAACACUACCUUUGUAAUCUUUAUUUCUCAAUCCUUCAACAAAUAAUGUCAAACCAUCUUCAGUUGCCCUUAAUCACUUGCGCUGAACCGAUUUCGACCAAAGAAGACCAAGAAGUUGACGAGAAAAUGGUUAGCUUGCAAGCUGAGAGUAUCGUCAACACUAUAGCUUUCCCCAUGGUCCUCAAGGCUGCCCUGGAGCUUGGCGUCAUCGAUACCAUCGCUUCUGCAGGCGAUGGUGCAUGGCUCUCACCGUCUGAGAUAACGGCUAGUCUCCCAAUCAAACCCAAGAACCAGGAGGCGCCGAUUUUGCUGGACCGGAUGCUGCGGUUACUGGUUAGCCACUCCAUCUUGAAAUGCCGGGUCAUUGAAACCGUAGAGAAGGAUCGAACCGGAAGCACCGAGAGGGUAUAUGCAGCCGAACCGGUUUGCAAAUAUUUCUUGAAGGAUAAUGACGGAUCUGGUUCUCUCGUGUCUUUGUUCUUGUUGUUCCAUACCCAAGUCCAUUUUAAUACUUGGGACAAUCUCAAAGAUGUAAUAUUAGAUGGAAAGGAUGCAUUCAUCUCUGCACAAGGCAUGCCACUUUUCGAGUACAUUAGUACGGACCAACAAUUCUCUGAGGUGUUUCACCGGGCCAUGUCAGAUUCUGCCACAAUGGUCAUGAAGAAAGUUCUAGAGGUUUACAGAGGAUUUGAAGAUGUUAACACUUUGGUGGAUGUAGGAGGAGCAACUGGCACCAUAUUAGGCUUAAUCACUUCCAAGCAUCCUCAUAUCAAGGGUAUCAAUUUUGACUUAGCUCAGGUUUUAACCAAUGCUCCAUCUUAUCCAGGAGUUGAGCAUGUCUCGGGAGACAUGUUUAUAGAGGUUCCAAAGGGAGAUGCCGUCUUUAUGAAAUGGAUACUACAUGAUUGGACGGACGAACAUUGUAUAAAGCUUCUAAAAAAUUGCUGGAAGAGUCUUCCAGUGAAAGGAAAAGUGAUCCUUGUAGAGAUGAUUACACCAGUAGAACCAAAGCCUGACGAUUUUUACUCUAACAUCGUGUUUGCCAUGGACUUGUUGAUGUUAACACAAUGCUCAAAUGGUAAAGAGAGAUCUCUAUCGCAGUUUGAGAUACUAGCAUUUGCUUCAGGUUUUCUCCGAUGUGAAGUUAUUUGCCAUUCUUAUUCCUAUUCUGUUAUCGAGUUCCAUAAAUAGAUAUGAUUUGUUUGGUGUUUCUAUGUUCUUGAUGGUUUUUAUUGCAUGUAAUAUAUAGUUUCAUGAUAUUGGCUUUUUUUUUCUUUUUUUUUUUACUAAAUGAUAUUGGCUUGUUGUAUUGUUUCUUUCAACGUUGUGUGGUGAUUGUAGUAUUAACGAACUGUAGUUGUGCCAAGUAUGCUUAUGCUCAAACUAUUGCUAACCUGCUUCAUUUCCUCCGGAAAACAAUAGAAAUUAACAUUUGCAACUUGCAUGUGCCAUCUUACAUGAACCCUUUACCGCUUCUCAUAAACCUAAUGUCAAUGGCGAGAGGCGAGAGGCGAGAGGCGAGAGGCGAGAGGCGAGAGGCGAGAGGCGAGAGCGAUAUACAACAAAGAGUACAUAAACUGAUGUUUACAAAAAUAUAAAUUACAAGAGUGUAUUCAAAAAAAGAUAUCCUGAUUCACGUG